CCUCGCGCCAGCUAGUCAGCGCCACAAGCCCAGAGCUGCUCCCCGACGGUGCAGAGCAGCACAGCGCAGCAGAGCGCAGGGCACCGGCGCGACUGCCCCGUUGCCCUAGCGUUUCGGGUCUCCUCCCUCCGGGAGGGCUAGGGUUUGAUUAUUGGGUUAGGGUUUGAUUAUUAACCCGGAGGCUGCAUAAAGAGCUAGCGGCCUGCGCGGACGGGACGGACUCUACGCUGUCGCCAUGGACAGUUCCACCUGGAGCCCGCCGACCACUGCCCCUUCUGAAAUUCCGUCCUACGAGCGCAUCCGCAAUGCAGCUGACAUCUCUGUCAUUAUCAUUUACUUUGUGGUGGUGAUGGCCGUUGGACUGUGGGCUAUGUUUUCCACUAAUCGUGGAACUGUUGGAGGCUUCUUCUUGGCAGGCAGAAGUAUGGUAUGGUGGCCGAUUGGAGCCUCCCUCUUUGCCAGUAACAUUGGAAGCGGUCACUUUGUGGGGCUCGCUGGGACAGGAGCAGCUGCAGGCAUUGCUACCGGAGGCUUUGAAUGGAACGCCCUCAUUUUGGUGGUUGUGCUGGGUUGGGUGUUUGUCCCUAUUUACAUCAAGGCUGGGGUGGUGACAAUGCCAGAGUAUCUACGGAAGAGGUUUGGAGGCCAGAGGAUCCAGAUCUACCUUUCUGUUCUCUCUUUGUUGCUCUACAUUUUUACCAAGAUCUCGGCAGACAUCUUCUCUGGGGCCAUAUUCAUCAACAUGGCCCUGGGCCUGGAUAUAUACUUGGCCAUCUUCGUUUUACUGGCAAUCACUGCUCUUUACACAAUCACAGGGGGCCUGGCAGCUGUGAUAUACACGGACACUCUGCAGACGGCGAUCAUGCUUGUGGGCUCUCUUAUCCUGACUGGUUUUGCUUUCCAUGAAGUGGGAGGGUAUGAAGCCUUCAUGGAAAAGUACAUGAAAGCGAUUCCAACCAUGAUUUCUGAUGGAAAUAUCACUAUCAAGGAAGAAUGCUACACCCCGAGGGCCGACUCCUUCCACAUCUUCCGAGAUCCCAUCACGGGAGACAUCCCAUGGCCUGGUCUUGUCUUUGGGAUGAGCAUUCUUACCCUGUGGUACUGGUGCACAGACCAGGUCAUUGUGCAGCGCUGCCUCUCAGCCAAGAAUAUGUCUCAUGUGAAGGCUGGCUGCGUCUUGUGUGGAUAUUUUAAGAUACUGCCCAUGUUCCUCAUAGUGAUGACGGGAAUGAUUAGCCGUAUCCUGUACACAGAAAAAAUCGCCUGUGUCAUCCCCUCAGAAUGUCAGAAAUAUUGUGGCACUUCAGUUGGCUGUAGCAACAUCGCCUACCCAACCCUGGUGAUAGAACUCAUGCCUAACGGACUUCGAGGCCUGAUGCUGUCAGUCAUGAUGGCCUCCCUCAUGAGCUCCUUGACCUCCAUCUUCAACAGUGCCAGCACCCUCUUCACUAUGGAUGUCUACACCAAGAUACGGAAGAGGGCAACUGAGAAAGAGCUCAUGAUUGCAGGAAGGUUGUUUAUCCUCUUUCUGAUCGGCAUCAGCAUUGCCUGGGUGCCCAUGGUGCAGUCAGCGCAAAGUGGGCAGCUCUUUGAUUACAUCCAGUCCAUCACCAGCUACUUGGGACCCCCCAUUGCUGCUGUCUUCCUGCUUAGCAUUUUCUGCAAGAGAGUCAAUGAGCCAGGAGCCUUCUGGGGAAUGAUACUUGGAUUUCUGAUUGGGAUUGCUCGUAUGAUUACUGAGUUUAUCUAUGGAACUGGGAGCUGCAUGGAACCCAGUAAUUGUCCCACAAUUAUCUGUGGGGUGCACUAUUUAUACUUUGCCAUCAUUCUCUUUGUUAUUUCUGUCAUCACCAUCCUCGGCAUCUCCCUCAUCACCAAGCCCAUUCCAGAUGUGCAUCUCUAUCGUCUGUGUUGGAGCCUGCGCAAUAGCAAAGAAGAGCGUAUUGACUUGGAUGCGGAGGAGGAGCAUAUCCAAGAGGCUCCAAAGGAGACCAUUGAAAUAGAAGUUCCUGGGGAGAAAAAAGGAUGCUUCAGGAGGGCCUAUGACCUAUUCUGUGGGCUGGAACAGAAGGGACCCAAGUUGAGCAAAGAGGAAGAAGAGGCCAUGAAGAUGAAGUUGACAGACACCUCGGAGAAGCCUUUGUGGAGGACAGUAGUGAACGUCAAUGGCAUCAUCCUGCUGACUGUGGCUGUCUUUUGCUAUGCAUACUUUGCAUAAGUUCUGUCUUUGGCCAUAGGCCUCCAGGCUGGCAUCUUUACUCCACCUUCCUUUGGUGCCAUUCUGUGGUACAGAAGGGAAUUUGGUCUGUUGUAAAGUUUGCCCAGUUAGAUAAAUGGGUACAUGUGUAAUUAUAGGCAAGUGGGAGAAAAAUCAUUAUUUCACUGUUAACUUAUGUAUUUGAAGCCAGUGUAAUACAGCCAUCUGUACAUAAUAAAGUUCCAGAAGGAAAGUUCAGGAAAAAGUCAAGCUAGGAACAGAAGCCCUGGGAUAUCUGAUGGAAGUCAGCUGUAUGUGCCAGCCUUAUUUAUAAUCCUUAAAUAUUAUUUUUAGCAUUUGGUCUCCCCGGUUUCUUACUUUCUGACCUUCUUCUAAUUAAAGAAAACUAAAGAAAUCUCUUUCCUGACAUCAUAUCCCUCUCAGAUUUUUGUCAGUAUAAGAAAAAUUAAUCUAAUAGACUGAUGAAUGCGUGAAAGCUGACAGUGGGAGCUUGAGAUGUUCCUACCCUGGGCAUUUGUUCUUUGAGGAGGAAGCCUUAGAAAUGUAAAACUUGCCCAAAAGGGAGGGACCCAGGCCUCAGUCUGAGGCUAGUGGAGAAACAGAUAAUCUUGAGUCCAGGGAAUUUUCUGUACUUAAACAUGUUUAUUGUGUGUUUCCUGUGUUUGGGAUUCACUUAUUUUGGCAUUCACCGUGCCUGGAUUGUCUUAACCACUCAAUGAUGUUUGUUGGCUGAAUAAAUAAUUUGGGCAUUUAUUUAUAGA